GUGCUGAUGUGCUAAUUCCCACGAUUACACCUACUCCCUACGCCCAGCUUUACUACAUCCCUCAGGCGAGUCAGCUACUACUGCAAACCGCACAUUGGCGCAUAGACGGAGUCGGCGGCCUGCUGCUUCUGGACUAACUCGUUGAACUGAUGGUUUCGCACGCGGGCACCCUCCUUUCCAGCCAACUGCCAGACCCAUUCGACUCAUUCCACUGGGGAUGGGUGGUCGACCAGUUGGCGUCUGCCGUCGAGGAAGCCGGAAAUAUGCCGGUCACCGUGACUGAGGAGCAGAAACGCAUCGCCCAUGGAGCUGUGGGGACUUUCGUGCUAACAGCCGGGGCCAUCGGGGUGCCCUAUAGCGGGGAUGCCUCCACCCCUCCCGCAGGCACCCGGGCCGCUGAGCUGAUCUUCUCGCGCGCAACCACCGUCAGCGUUGUCGCCGCCGCCGAGGCAAGAAACAUCAGCAUCACAGCAGCCGUGCAUGCGACUCUGGCCGCGGUCAACUUCCGGCAGGCAAUCCUGAAGCACCAAGUGCCACUACACUAGCACCAUCAAGCAGUCUCUGUGGCCGUGCCUGCCGGAGCCAUAUUCUUUCCCCGCUGCUGCGGUAG